GCUGGUUUGCAAAACCUACAGAAAAGAAGACAUCUGUGAUUUCGCAUGAGGAGAUGAAGGCAGCAUUUAUGGCUGAAAUGAAAGCUGAAAACAUCAAGCAGUUUCUUUACAAUUUUACACGGCUCCCUCACCUAGCAGGAACAAAGGAGAAUCUGCAUCUGGCCCAGCAAAUCCAAGCUGAGUGGAAGGAGUUUGGUCUGGAUUCUGUUCAACUGGUUCAUUACGACGUCUUGCUCUCUUACCCUGAUGACACUAAGCCCAACUACAUCUCAAUAAUUGAUGAGCAUGGAAAUGAGAUUUUCAACACAUCGUUAUCUGAGCCUCCUCCUCCUGGAUAUGAGGCUGUUAGAGAUGUGGUGCCACCCUACAGUGCGUUUUCAGCCCAAGGAAUGCCUGAGGGUGAGUUAGUCUAUGUGAAUUAUGGCCGCACCGAGGACUUCUUUAAGCUAGAACGUGAAAUGGGAAUUAACUGUACAGGAAAGAUUGUUAUUGCCAGGUAUGGGAAGAUCUUCAGAGGAAAUAAGGUGAAGAAUGCUGAAUUGGCAGGUGCCAAGGGAGUUAUUUUGUACUCUGACCCUGCUGACUACUGCGCCCCAGAAGCAGAUCCCUAUCCAAAUGGCUGGAACCUUCCAGGUGGAGGAGCCCAGCGUGGAAAUGUAUUAAAUCUGAAUGGGGCAGGGGAUCCUUUGACACCAGGUUAUCCUGCAAAAGAAUACACCUACCGAUUAGACAAAGCCAGUGGUAUAGGUCUCCCAAAAAUUCCAGUUCAUCCCAUUGGCUAUCAUGAUGCUGAGUUAUUACUGCGGUAA